AUGCAGGCCCCCGACGCGCAGGCCCUGCCCGCGCAGCCCGAGCGGCGCGGCGCAGAACCCGCCGACCGUGACCGCGACCGUGACCGCGACCGCGACCGCGACGACGACGACGACGACGCCUUGUGGGAGACGGCGUCCCUGUUCGAGGACAUUCUCGACGACGUGACCGCCUUCGAGCCCGGCCGCGAUGCCGACGCCUGCCCGCCCGACGAGGCCCGCCGUCUGCGCCAGCGCCUGCACGCCGUCGGCGCCAGCCAGUUCGUGCUGGAGAACAUCACGGCCGAGAAGAUGACGGCCCGCCGCCUGUGCUCGGCGUUUGGCGUGCGCAUCCCGCGCUUCCUCGACGACGCGCCCGACGACAGCUUCUACCAGCUGCUGGGCCUGGCCAUCAACCGCGAGCUCAACAAGCGCCCGCGCCUCGACCAGUACCGCGACAUCGACGACGCCGCCCGCCUGCUGCGCGACCGCCACCACGUGCUGGUCAUCACCGGCGCCGGCAUCUCCACCAGCCUGGGCAUCCCCGACUUCCGCUCCAAGAACACGGGCUUCUACUCGCGCCUGCGCGCCAUGGGCUACGACGAGCCCGAGCAGGUCUUCGACAUUCACAACUUCGACGACGACCCGCGCAUCUUCUACCAGCUGGCCGGCGACAUCGUGCCCGACCUGAAGAAGUGGACCCCGACCCACCAGUUCAUCCGCCUGCUGCAGGACCACGGCAAGCUGCUGACCAACUACACCCAGAACAUCGACAACGUCGAGGCCAACGCCGGCAUCCGCCGCGACAAGCUGAUCCAGUGCCACGGCUCGUGGGCGACUGCCACCUGCCGCAAGUGCAAGUACAACGUGCCCGGCGAGGCCAUCUUCGACGCCGUGCGCGCCAUGAAGCCCGCCGAGUGCCGCCGCUGCGUCGCCGACAUUGCCGCCCAGAAGCCCGGCGCCAAGCGCAAGCGCGCCUCCAACGGCCAGCCCGCCCGCAAGAAGCGCGCCAGCGACGACGACUCCGAGUCGGACGGCGCCUUUGACAUUCCGCAGCCGGGCAUCAUGAAGCCCGACAUCACCUUCUUCGGCGAGGCCCUGCCCAACGACUUCUUCGACCGCCUCAAGGACGUCGACAAGGACAAGGUCGACCUGGUCAUCGUCAUGGGCACCAGCAUGAAGGUCGCCCCCGUGUCCGAGAUCCCCAACUUCCUGCCGCGCGACGUGCCGCAGAUUUUCAUCUCGCGCGAUCCCAUCCACCACAUCAACUUCGACAUCCAGCUGCUGGGCGACUGCGACGUCAUUGUCGCCGAGCUCGCGCGCCGCGCCGGCUGGACCCUGCGCCACGACAUGCUGCCCGCAGACCAGACCGUCGACGUCGAGCUGCUCGACGCCGACGACCACGAGUACAGCGUCAAGCUGCGCAACGCCGCCCCCGUCGUCGCCCCGCAGCCCGAGCUCAAGCUGGAGGCGCUGAAGAAGGCCGAGGCCGAGGCCGAGGCCGACAAGCCCGCCAGCGCCGCGCCCGAGCCCGACGCCCAUGUCAAGCCCGAGGCCGUGUAG